CUUCCAGUAUUUUAAGACAAAUACAAGAGCAAAGGUGACGUUACCAACCGAUUCGAGAACAAUGUACCUUCAAUAAUCUAGAGUCAUGGCCUGACAUCAAGAUACACUUUCGGUCUGCGAACUAAAGUGUCUCACUCCAAAUGUUGCAUUGUACGAUCAAGGGUCAAACACCGCAUAUACCUGCAGAGGAGACCUUCUUAUCAAUGUGUAAAUCAAAUUAAUAAUCUUCGGCCCCCAAAAAAAUUAUGCAAAUAAGGUGUAAUGAGAUCUUUAGUUUCCUUGUGCAUAAUCAACAGUGUAGCGGCUACGUCUGGACUUUUGUUUUCUGAGAAAGGUUGUCAAGGGUCGGUAGUAUGUCAAAUGGACAUGCCUCCUGAAACUGGUAAUGCUGCGUCUGGUUGCGUACCUUGUGAGGGUGGUGUAUCCUUCAAAUUAGUUGGAUGCCCAGACAAGGGACAAGGUCAAUGUGGCAGAUUCCGUUUAACUAAAACCAUAGACGAACACGAAGGGAUAUGCAACACGAUAGUAGGAGGGUUUGAUAAUUGGUUGUCAACAGAUAGUGAAUGCCACGAUUUCCACUCUAAUAAUGAUGACUUCUAUGGCAAUAUCAUAGAAAACCAUUAUGCUCAACUAGGUCUGGUCUCCGGCCCAACUCCACUGGGAUAGCGGUUGUAAUUUGUAUUACUGCUGUUUGUAUAUUAAAUUUAAAGUCUCUAGCUUAAAAUAUAUGAACAAAAGUGAUAGAUAAAAUAACAGAAACUAUGUAUAUUUUUGUGAAGGUUCGAUUCCCUAAGCU